AUGGGUCCUGAGAACCUCACCUCUGUCAGAGAGUUCAUCUUUGUGGGACUGUCGAACCACCGAAAGACUCAGGUUCUGCUCUUUGUGGUAAUUCUUCUCACCUACUCACUGACUAUCAUAGGGAACCUGGCAGUCAUCAUGCUGGUACGCUUUGACUCCCGCCUCCAGACGCCCAUGUACUACUUCCUCAUGCACCUCUCAGGCCUGGAGAUCUGUUAUGUUACCAGCACGGAGCCACAGAUGCUGGCUCACCUCCUGGCUGGAAAUGGAGUCAUCUCCUUUACCCGUUGUGCGGCCCAGAUAUUUGUUGCCUUGUCCUUGGGAGCUGCUGAAUGCUUUCUGCUGGGUGUGAUGGCCUAUGACCGCUACUUGGCCAUUUGCCAGCCCCUGCUGUAUGCUCUUGCCAUGGACCGGUGGCGCCAAAUGCAGCUUGCCUCAGCUUGCUGGGCAACGGGCUUCCUUUUUGGUGUGAUAUACGUGGGCUGCACCUUUCGCCAUUCCUAUUGUGGUCCCAACCGUAUCAACCACUUCAUGUGUGAGUUGCCAGUGGUGUUAAAGCUUGCCUGUGAUGACACCCGCAUCACUCAAGCCAUUGUUUUUGUAAUGGCAGGCCUGGUACUCCUGAUUCCUAUUUCUGUUAUUCUGACCUCCUAUGCAGUCAUUCUUUUCUCUGUGUUACAAAUACAGUCAGUCACUGGCUGGCGCAAAGCCUUCUCCACGUGUGCCUCACACCUUGUGGUAGUUACUGUGUUCUAUGGAACUGUCAUUUCUAUGUACCUGAUUCCCCGAUCAAGCACAUUCUCGGAUCGCGACAAACAAAUUGCAGUGUUUUAUGUUUUGGUCACCCCUUUCCUCAAUCCUGUUAUUUACACCCUGAGGAACAAGGAAGUUCAUGAGGCAGUGGCCAAAGUGCUGCGAAGACGUAGAUUUGAACAGAAGUGA